UAAAUGUUAUCAACGUUAAAUCAAAUUUGUCAACCUAAUUUUUACAUAGCUGCUAUGAUUCCCUUCCUUCUCAUAUCUCCUCUUUACUCCUCUCUCUCUCUCCCUCUCCUUCUCCUGCAAUUUUUCUAUUUUUUGUAGAUUUAUAAAUCUCUUCUCCUCUAUCUAUGAGGAGGAAAUUGAGAUGUUUCAAUAUCAGCGUACAAUAAUACAAAACGCAGAAAGAGGCAGCAAGAGAUCUCGUUAAUGGUUGAAUCUUCUUGCCUACUUGCCAUGGCUGCUUCACCGACGUCUCUCACUGGUGGAGAGAAGAAGCACUGGUGGCUCACCAACAAAAAGAUGGUGGAGAGGUAUGUGAGGGAUGCUAAAAUGCUGAUUGCGACGGAGGAACAAAGAGAGACGGUGGCGGCUUUACGCCUACUUGAAGCAGCGUUGGCUAUUUCGCCGCGUAUGGAAUUGGCGUUGGAGCUCAAAGCAAGGUGUUUGCUUUCUCUGCGGCGGUUCAAAGAGGUGGCUGAUAUGUUGCAGGAUUAUAUUCCUAGAAUGAAAAUGAGCUCUGAUGAGGAAUCGUUAACUGGGUCGUCGGAUAGUUCGUCAACUCAGUUGUCGAGAGAACGAUUGAAACUUCUCUCCGGCAAUGGUGACUCGCUGGGUCAAAAUGAACCGGCGUUUAAGUGCUUUUCUGUCUCGGAUUUGAAGAAGAAAGUUACGACGGGACUCUGUAAAAACGUCAACAAAGAAGGCCAAUGGAGGUACUUGGUUUUGGGUCAAGCUUGUUGCCACCUGGGAUUAAUGGAAGACGCAAUGGUGCUGCUUCAGACCGGAAAACGCAUCGCCACAGCAGCAUUCCGCCGGGAAAGUAUUUGCUGGUCGGACGACAGCUUUUCCUUUAACAGAUCUCCACUCUCCAGCGAAGCAUCAAUCAAUAAUCUACAACCCUCAACACCUCCAAAGGCAGAGUCUGAGAGCAUUUCCCAGCUUCUCAGCCACAUCAAGCUCCUAAUCCGCCGUAAGACCGCCGCAAUGGCCGCCCUGGAUGCCGGGCUUUAUUCUGAAGCCAUUAGACAUUUUUCAAAAAUUGUCGAUGGUCGUCGUGGAGCCCCGCAGGGAUUCUUGGCCGAGUGCUUCGUGCACCGUGCCACAGCUUAUCAAUCAGCAGGCAGAAUAUCAGAUGCAAUUGCGGAUUGCAAUAGAACCUUAGCAUUGAACCCUUCUUGCAUUCGUGCUCUUACUGUGAGAGCUGCCUUAUUUGAAACCAUAAGAUGUUUACCUGAUAGUCUCCACGAUCUAGAGCAUUUGAAACUCUUGUACAACUCAAUUCUACGCGAUCGAAAAUUGCCCGGACCAGUGUGGAAGCGCCAGAACAUUCAGUACCGGGAAAUUCCUGGAAAACUCUGUUCAUUGGCUGCAAAAAUCCAACAAUUGAAGCAAAGGGUUGCUGCUGGUGAAACUGGGAAUGUAGACUAUUAUGCUUUGAUUGGAUUAAGACGAGGUUGUUCAAGAUCAGAACUCGGAAGAGCCCAUUUGCUGUUGACACUUAGACACAAGCCUGAUAAAUCUUCGAGUUUCAUUGAUAGGUGUGAAUUUGCAGAUGAUGGGGAUAUAGAUUCAAUUAGGGAUCGAGCAAAAAUGUCUGCCUUGCUUUUAUAUAGAUUGAUUCAAAAGGGUUAUACCAGUGUAAUGGGGACGAUUUUGGAAGACGAGGCGAAGGCUGCAAUGCAAGUUCAACAGGCUCAAGAACAAUCCUCCACCAGAAUAGAAUCAAUUCCAGAGGCCAUUUUAGAUGGUAAUCAUCGGACUGAGAACAAUGCAGCCAUUACAUCGGUGUUUCAAGGAGUUUUCUGCAGGGACCUUUCUGUGGUCGGCACUUUGCUUUCUCAGGCCGGAUUUAGUCGUCCAAUGGCAGUGAAAUACGAAGCAUUAAGCUGCUGAUAAUGAUGUUUUGCGAAUAGUUUGGACUCAAAAUCUCUAUGAAAGGACUAAUCAGAUGCUAAUAUGCCGGGAGGGAAUCGGAUUCUUGUGAAAUUCCAAGAUUUUGUACAAGUUUUGGAAAAUUAAUUAUUUCCCACUAGGAAAAUCAUUUUGCUACAUUUUUUUUUUAUUUUCUUUUAUGGUACCUGUACAGUUUUAAUAUCAAUUUCGGUACUCUACUUUUAAAUAACAUAAUAUUGUCACACUUAUAAUUAGAUUUGUGUCAUUUUCCUUCA